UCUAGUGUGUGACUGAGUCUGGGAGCGAAGCGAGCGAGCGAGAGGGCGAGCGAGGAGUGUGUGUGUGUGGGGUGUGUGAGCGGUCCUUAGCUGAGGCCGACGCUCGCCAAGGGGCUCCCUCAGGACGAGGGACAAAGGGGUCGCGAGGCACUUAGGCUACCGGGUAGGGGAAGGGCCCGCGCUGUCCUCCGGGGCUCCAGAGCCGGAGUCGGCCCCACAGCCCCGGGAGCUUCCUACUUCCUCGACCUCCUGGGCGCCCGGGCCUGAGGACCGACCGGCUCGGCGUGGGGAGAGGGGGCCAAGGCGACUGGAGCCGCUCUCCGUGCCCCCUCCGCCCCACUGCUGAGGAAUUCUCCUUUCUUCCUCGGCUCCUGCGCCCACCCCCCACCUCAUGUAGGAGGGUGCCGAGGAGUCGGGAGGGAGGAGGAGCCCGGGCUUGAGCGUCCCUGCCCUCCCCACCCCCUUCCCGGGGCGCUUCGGUGGGCGUGGAGUUGGGGCUCGAGGGGGGAGGGUGGGGAUUACUUUUUGGAGUGCUGGGGAACUUUUUCCCCUUCCUCAGGCGCCGGGAAAGGGAAUGCCCAAUUCCGAGAGACACGGGGGCAAGAAGGACGGCAGUGGAGGAGCUUCUGGAACUUUACAGCCGUCCUCGGGAGGAGGCGGCGGCGGCGGCGGCGGCUCCAACAGCCGAGAGCGUCACCGCUUGGUGUCGAAGCACAAGCGGCACAAGUCCAAGCACUCUUCCUCCAAAGACACGGGGGUGGUGGCCCUCGAGGCGGCGGCCUUGGGGACGGCCAUCAAACCUCUGGUGGAGUACGAUGACAUCAGCUCUGAUUCGGACACCUUCUCGGAUGACACGGCCUUCAAGCUGGUGCGGCGGGAGAACGAGGAGCGGCGCGGGACGGAGCGCAGCGAGCGGCUGCACAAGCAUCGCCACCACCAGCACCGGCGCUCCCGGGAGUCGAUCCGCAGCAAGCCGAGCGACAGAGCCAGGAGCCAGGAGGCGGGCAGCAGGUCGGGGGCCGGCAAGGAGGGCACGGCGGGCGGUUCGAAGCGGACCCACGAGGACAGCGACGACCACGGCAAGGCGCAGGGGUCCAAGGGCGGCGGCGGCAAGGAGUCCCGCUCGUCCAAGCUGCACAAGGAGAAGAGCCGCAAGGAGCGCGGGGAGCUCAAAUCCGGCCACAAAGACCGGAGUAAGAGUCAUCGCAAAAGGGAGACCCCCAAAAGUUACAAGACGCUCGACAGCCCCAAGCGGCGAUCCCGGAGUCCCCACCGGAAGUGGUCCGACAGCUCCAAACCCGACGACAGCCCCUCCGGAGCGUCCUACGGUCAGGACUACGACCUGAGCCCCCCGCGAUCGCACGCGUCCAGCAACUACGACUCGUACAAGCGCAGCCCCGGCAGCGCGUCCCGCAGGCCGUCGCUGAGCCCGCCCUACAAGGAGCCCUCGGCCUACCAGUCCAGCACCCGCUCGCCCAGCCCCUACAGCCGGCGCCAGCGCUCCGUGAGCCCCUACAGCCGCAGACGCUCGUCCAGCUACGAGAGGAGCGGCUCGUACAGCGGCCGCUCGCCCAGCCCCUACAGCCGGCGGCGCUCCAGCAGCCCCUUCCUGAGCAAGCGCUCGCUCAGCCGCAGCCCCCUGCCCAGCAGGAAAUCCAUGAAGUCUAGAAGUAGAAGUCCUGCAUAUUCAAGACACUCAUCUUCUCACAGUAAAAAGAAGAGAUCGGGGUCCCGCAGUCGUCACUCCAGUAUCUCACCUGUCAGGCUUCCGUUGAAUUCCAGUCUGGGAGCUGAACUUAGUAGGAAGAAGAAGGAACGUGCAGCUGCUGCAGCAGCAGCCAAACUGGAUGGGAAGGAAUCCAAAGGUUCACCUCUAUUUUUGCCGAAGAAAGAGAACAGCAGUUCAAUAGAGGCUAAGGAUUCAAACUUGGAAUCUAAGAAGUUAUCCAAGGGUAUAAAAUUGGAAAAAUCUGCAGAUACAGAACUGGUGAAUGUAACACAGCUGAAUGCAGAAGUCAAGAAUUCGUUAGAUACAGGGAAGGUAAAGGUGGAUGAAAACUCUGAGAAGCAUCCUGUUCUUAAAGAUUUGAAAGCACAGGGAACAAGAGACUCUAAACCCAUAGCUCCUAAAGAAGAGAAUGUUACUGCGAAGGAGACAGAGACAUCAGAAAAGGAGACCCCUCCACCUCUUCCCACAGUUACCUCUCCACCCCCCUUGCCAACUACUACCCCUCCACCUAGGACACCCCCUUUGCCACCUUUGCCUCCACUACCAGCUAUUCCACCGCAACCACCUCUGCCACCUCCCCAGCCAGCAGCCAGUCAGGCUUCGGCUUCCAGCACUUCUCACCCACGGACAUCUGCCCUGUCCUCUCAGGCAAAUUCUCAGCCUCCUGUACAGGUUUCUGUGAAGACACAAGUAUCUGUAACAGCUGCUAUUCCACACCUGAAAACUUCGACGUUGCCUCCUCUGCCUCUCCCACCCUUACUACCUGGAGAGGAUGACUUGGAUAGUCCAAAAGAAACUCUCCCUUCAAAACCUGUCAAGAGAGAGAAGGAACAGAGACCCCGACACUUACUCACAGACCUCCCUCUCCCUCCUGAACUCCCUGGUGGGGAUCCUUCUCCGCCUGACUCUCCAGAACCAAAGGCUAUCACACCACCUCAGCAACCAUAUAAAAAGAGACCAAAAAUUUGUUGUCCUCGAUAUGGAGAGAGAAGGCAAACAGAAAGCGACUGGGGGAAGCGCUGUGUGGACAAGUUUGAUAUCAUUGGAAUUAUUGGAGAGGGAACCUAUGGCCAAGUAUAUAAAGCCAAGGAUAAAGAUACAGGAGAACUGGUAGCUCUGAAGAAGGUGAGACUAGACAAUGAGAAAGAGGGCUUCCCAAUCACAGCUAUCCGUGAGAUCAAAAUCCUUCGUCAGUUAAUCCAUCGAAGUGUUGUUAACAUGAAGGAAAUCGUCACAGACAAACAAGAUGCUUUGGAUUUUAAGAAGGACAAAGGUGCCUUUUACCUUGUAUUUGAGUACAUGGACCAUGACUUAAUGGGACUGCUGGAAUCUGGUUUGGUGCACUUUUCUGAAGAUCAUAUCAAGUCAUUCAUGAAACAGCUAAUGGAAGGAUUGGAUUACUGUCACAAAAAGAAUUUCCUGCAUCGAGAUAUUAAAUGUUCUAACAUUUUGCUGAACAACAGUGGACAAAUAAAACUUGCAGAUUUUGGACUUGCUCGGCUCUAUAACUCUGAAGAAAGUCGCCCUUAUACAAACAAAGUUAUUACUCUGUGGUACAGACCUCCAGAACUACUGCUCGGAGAGGAACGUUAUACACCAGCCAUAGAUGUUUGGAGCUGUGGAUGCAUCCUUGGGGAACUGUUCACAAAGAAGCCCAUCUUUCAAGCUAAUCUGGAACUGGCUCAGCUAGAAUUGAUCAGCCGACUCUGUGGGACUCCUUGUCCAGCUGUGUGGCCUGAUGUUAUCAAGUUGCCCUAUUUCAACACCAUGAAACCGAAGAAGCAGUAUAGAAGGCGUUUACGAGAAGAAUUCUCUUUCAUUCCUUCAGCAGCACUUGAUUUAUUGGACCACAUGCUGACACUCGAUCCUAGCAAGCGAUGUACAGCUGAACAGACCCUGCAGAGUGACUUCCUUAAAGAUGUUGAGCUCAGCAAAAUGGCUCCUCCAGAUCUUCCCCACUGGCAGGAUUGCCAUGAACUGUGGAGUAAAAAACGGCGACGACAACGACAAAGUGGUGUUUUGGUGGAAGAACCUCCUCCACCCAAAGUCGCUCGCAAAGAAACUACCUCAGGGACAAGUGCUGAGCCUGUGAAGAACAGCAGCCCAGCACCACCUCAGCCUGCUCCCAGCAAGGUGGAGCCUGGGGCUGGGGAUGCAAUAGGCCUUGGUGACAUCACACAGCAGCUAAAUCAAAGUGAAUUGGCAGUGUUAUUGAACCUGCUGCAGAGCCAAACCGACCUGAGCAUCCCUCAGAUGGCACAGCUGCUUAACAUCCACUCCAACCCAGAGAUACAGCAGCAGCUGGAAGCCCUGAACCAGUCCAUCAGUGCCCUGACGGAAGCCAAUUCCCAGCAGCAGGACUCAGAGCCCAUAGCCCCAGAGGAAUCUUUAAAGGAGGCACCCCCAGCCCCAGUGGUCCUGCCUUCAGCAGAACAGACAACCCUUGAAGCUUCAAGCACACCAGCUGACAUGCAGAAUAUGUUGGCAGUUCUCUUGAGUCAGCUGAUGAAAACCCAGGAGCCAGCAGGCAACCUGGAGGAAAACAACAGUGACAAGAACAGUGGGCCACAGGGACCCCGAAGAACUCCCACAAUACCCCAGGAGGAGGCAGCAGCAUGUCCUCCUCACAUUCUUCCACCAGAGAAGAGGCCCCCUGAGCCCCCCGGACCUCCACCGCCGCCACCUCCACCCCCUCUGGUUGAAGGCGAUCUUUCCAGCGCCCCGCAGGAGUUGAACCCAGCCGUGACAGCCGCCUUGCUGCAACUUUUAUCCCAACCUGAAGCAGAGCCUCCUGGCCGCCUGCCACAUGAGCACCAGGCCUUGAGACCAGUGGAGUACUCCAAUCGGCCCCAUCCAAACAGGACUUACGGAAACACUGAUGGGCCUGAAACAGGGUUCAGUGCCACUGACACUGAUGAACGCAACUCUGGUCCAGCCUUGACAGAAUCCUUGGUCCAGGCCCUGGUGAAGAACAGGACCUUCUCCGGCUCUGUGAGCCACCUUGGGGAGUCCAGCAGUUACCAGGGCACAGGGUCAGUGCAGUUUCCAGGUGACCAGGACCUCCGUUUUGCCAGGGUUCCCUUAUUACACUCAAUAGUCGGGCAACCAUUCCUGAAGGCUGAGGGAAGCAGCAACUCUGUCAUGCAUACAGAGACCAAAUUGCAAAACUAUGGGGAGCUGGGGCCAGCAACCGCUGGGGCCAGCAGCUCAGGAGCAAGCCUUCACUGGGGCACUCCAGCUCAGUCUUCUGCUUACGGAAAACUCUAUCGGGGACCUACGAGAAUCCCACCAAGAGGGGGAAGAGGGAGAGGAGUUCCUUACUAGCCCAGAGACUUCAGUGUCCUGAAAUAUUCCUUUCUUAUCCAUCCUUCCAUCCAGUCCUCAAAACCUUAAAUGAAAUUGUUUGCCAGACUGAGGUAAUCAUCUGCAUUUGGCUAGUGCAAAGCUGUCCAUUGUAUUUCUUGCUCACUUGUUAGUAGCAAGUGACUUAUAAGGAUGUUGGCAACAGUUCCUUCUGGAUGAGUAAAAGCCAGAACUUCAACUGUGCCUAGUAGAUACAGUAGAGAAUAUGAAAAGGGUCAUUAAAUUAAAAAGUAAACGUUUUAUUACCUAUUGACUACAUUCUUGAGCGGAAGAGAACAUUUUCAGUUUUGAGAUGGCUCAGGAGAGGCUCCAUUUGGUUUUUAAAGUUUUGGGACUUUUUUGAUGGUUUCAAAUUUUAGAUUGGGUUUUUGGUUUUUCUUUUGAAGAUAAUAGUGUUCACAAAAUUUGAGCUGCUGAUAGGCUUUUGUUAAAAGGGAAACAGAGAGUGGCCUGGCUGAUUUAAAUAAAUGUUUUCUUCCUCUCCACCAUCUCACAUUUUUUUGCUUUUAAAGUGAACACUUUUUUCCUCAUUGAGCAUCUUGAACAUAGCUUUUUCCAAAUAAAUUACUCAUUCUUACAGUUGGUUUAACUUUGAUAACAAAUAUGCCCCUUGCUGCACAUAAAGCAGGUUGUGGAAGGUGGAGUUUUUGGACAAAUAGGUGGACUACACUCAGUCUCUGUUUUUACCUGUAUAUAUUAAUGUUCUCUCUCCUCUUUCUUCCCAUCUUCUCCCUCUGUCCCCUUCCUUUCUCCAUUUCCUUCUCAGUCUUUGUUCUCUUUCUGCCUCCACUUUCCCUUUCCCUCCUGUUUUGAGUAAUUUCUUUGGAAAAAAGUAAUCAUUGAGAUGCCAAAGAACCUGAAACAAUUAUUUACUUUUUUUUUUUUUAAAUAAAAGAAAGGAAAUUCAAACUCUUACAUUGUUCUUUGUAACUCUUCAAUUCUAGAAUCUAUUUUUUUUAAAGCCAUGUUUUGAUGGGGAAGUUGAUUUGUAAAUGUGGACAGCCUAGGACUUUGCUGCUGAACUGUGGUUAACGAUGAUACCUCCAUUCCCAGAGGGGUAAUGAGAGCAGGUAGUAUAUUGUUUACAUGAAUAUUUUUAUGUCCAAAAAAAAAAAUCUUUCAAACCAAGCAUUGUGAUAUUGUCAAAAAUAUGUGCAAAUGUAACCUAGUUUAGGGUGGGUAUUUUUCUGAAGAUACCUUUUAUAAGAGAGUUUUAAAAUUGCAUAUUGAGAGAAAGAACAGUAUUGACAUAUACACAUCCCAGCCAUGCAUAUCCUGCCAAUUCUUUUAGAGACUUUCCACCAGAGGAAUUUGGUUUUGGUUUUGGUACAGGGGUUUAAAGUAUGACUUCCUGGCAAGAACUUUGCAUUAACAUAAACAGGAAAUGGAAAAUUCGAGAAUGACUCUCAGUGUUGAAUAAUUUGAGAGGCUUCUCAUUCUGUCUUCCAUUUCUAUGUGAGUACCAGCAUAAAGAGUGUUUAAGAAAGCAAUUACAUGUCAUAUAAUUUGCACAGACUUAUUUCGUGAAGCUUAGGUUAGCCCUGUUUCACAAAACAUACUUCAGCGUCUGGGAGAAUAGUUUUCAAAACCUAAGUGAAAGUUCAUGUUUCAAUGCCAAGUUCUUACAUUAAAUAAAAUCCACUUGUAAGAAAAAAGUGCAUUAGUUAACAAAAGAAAACUUUAAAGAAAUGAAAAAGAAUCCACUUAAGAUACUUGAUGAAGACUUUUCAUGUUAAUUAUAAUAGGUAGUUAUUGGUGUGUGUAUUUCUUUACCAUUCUUUGGUUUUUUGGUCUGCCCUUAUCCUUGGGGCCAAACAUGGAUUAGAAAGAGAACCAUUCAACCAUUUUGGCAUUAAUGAUUUUUUUUAUGCCACUAUGUUCAGAUUUUCCAGGCAUAUUGCGAUUGGUUAAUUGCAAGAAAAUUCAUUGGAACCUUCGGUCUGUCGACUUCUGAACAGUCUUCAGACGUGGACCGUCAUAUUUUAGAGAAUUUCAGUUAGUUGGCUUGGGCCCCAGUCCCUCCCCCAUCCCCAUGUUUUUGAUUAAAAAGCUGAGCCUUAGAUACUUGGAAAAGUAUCUGCUAAGUGAAAAAAAAAAUUGAUUUCCCACCAAAUAUGAAUAAAAUUUUUAUAUGUUUUCAUUGCAUUUUGGUUAUCAGCAAUCAUCAAUAAUGUUUUCCUUUCCCCUUCCCACCCUUAUUUUUAAAUUAUGUCAAACAUUCUGAAUAAUCCUUAAGCCUCCAUUCUCCCAUCCCUGGUAGGGGUGGAUGUACGUGUGAGUGUGUGUAUGUGUAUACAUGAUCCCAUCUCACCCCACCCCAGUUUGGGGAGUCUUAACUCUUAAAAUUAAAAAAAAAAAAAAAAAAACCUUUGGUAAUUGGACUAUCUCUAAAAGCAGAGGAGAAAAGAAACUCAUUUACUACCCUGGAACCUAUGUGGAGGAAGAAAAGGUAUUUGUUCAUUUUUCAGCCUUGUUAAUCUAUGGAUGUGAUGGAAGUGAAGGUUUGGCAGAAUUUCAGCUUGGCUGUUCAAAAAUUACAAACCCAGUUCCAUUCAAAAGUGGUUUUGGUUUUAUUUUAUUUAUUGCCCCAUGGAAGAUACUAAGUCUGUUAAAUACAUUAUUUUGAACAGAUGAGAAAUCUAAUUCUGUUCAUGAAUGGGAAGCAAAACUGGUUUGACCAUUGAUAAUUUUUGUGGUUUUGAAAAAAGGUUUGACCCAGUUUUUAGUUUUUUCUCCUUCAGCUGGCCCUAGGAAUAAUAAGGAUUUGAAAAUGACAUUGGAUUGAUAUGGUUAAAGCAGGGCAGUUAGCACAGAUCUGUAAGUAGGACUUGUGUUCGCUUAUGCCAUAGACAUCACCCAAUCACUUGUAUGUGUGUAUGUAUAUAAUAUGCUUAUAUAGUUACAGUGCUACAAUGGUUACCAGCAGGUUUUGAGAGAGAAUGCUGCAUCAGAAAAGUGUCAGUUGCCACCUCAUUUUCCCUGACUUAGGUUCCUGACACUGUAUUCCUUUCUCUCUCUUGUUUUUGCCCCCAUCGGGUAUACUUUGUCUAUGUACAGAUAUUUUGUAAUAUAUUAAAUUUUUUUCUUUCAGUUUAUAAAAAUGGAAAGUGGAGAUUGGAAAAUUAAAUAUUUCCUGCUA